AUGGGCCCCACGGUCCUCCCCGCCUCGGGCAAUCCGCUGGUGUUUUUCGACAUUACGCUUGGAGGCGAGCCCCUCGGCCGCAUCACGUUUGAGCUCUUCAACGGCGUGGUGCCGCGCACGGCCGAGAACUUCCGCCAGUUCUGCACGGGCGAGACCAAGGGCAACAACGGCCGCCCGCAGGGCUUCAAGGGCUCAAAGUUCCACCGCAUUAUCCCCAACUUCAUGUGCCAGGGUGGCGACUUUCUCAACGGCGACGGCACCGGGUCGACGUGCAUCUACGGCACCAAGUCGUUUGCCGACGAGAACUUUGACAUCAAGCACGACGAGCCGGGCCUGCUCUCCAUGGCGAACGCCGGCCCCAACACCAACGGGUCGCAGUUCUUCAUCACGACGGUGCCGACGCCGUUCCUCGACGGCAAGCACGUCGUGUUCGGCAAGGUGGUCGACGGCAUGGACGUGGUGCGCAAGAUGGAGCAGACCAAGACGGGCUACAAGGGCAAGGACGUCCCUAACAUGGACGUCGUCAUUGCCCAGUGUGGCGAGAUGUAG